AUGGAGAGCGAAAAGGACAAGUACGACUACUUGUUCAAGUUCAUCAUCAUCGGUGAUGCCGGUGCGGGCAAGUCCUGCCUGCUUCAUCAGUUCAUUGACAAUAAGUUUAAGAAGGGCUCCUCUCACACGAUCGGUGUGGAGUUUGGAUCCAAGGUCAUUACCGUUGGAGGUCGGAACAUCAAGUUGCAGAUUUGGGACACGGCGGGUCAGGAGCGCUACCGCUCGGUGACGCGCAGCUACUACCGUGGCGCUGCGGGGGCUCUCAUUGUUUACGACAUCACCAAUCGUGACUCCUACAACCACUUGGUGAAUUGGUUGGCGGAUGCCAGGACGCUGGCACGCGCUGACAUAUCAAUUAUCACCGUGGGCAACAAGGUGGACCUCAAGGAAAAGCGGGAAGUGACCUUCUUAGAAGCGAGCCGCUGUGCACAAGAGAAUGGCGCUGAUCUCUUCAGAGACGAGCUGAUUUUUCACAUCGCCGGUACCGAGUCUCUUCACGUCGCCGGUGAAGUCUGUUCAGUGGCGGGCCCCGCUCUGACCGCCUGCCCGCACCGGAGCGACGCGGAUCUGAAUCCUCCAGCAAGGCUUAUCGAUUUCGGCUUCGGCUUUCGAGGCGCGGCCAGCGAGACGAAACAUCGAGUGCAGAGCUGGGGAGUUGGGGGCUUUCGAACAGAGCAAGGCCACGGAGAGAGUUGCAGAGUUGCAGAGCUCGCUGUGUUGCUGCUGCCCACCCAGGGCAGGGGCAACUCAGAGAAGCUGCAGAUCAGCACGGGAGGAUUGAAGCUGAAGAUGAAGAUGCGUUCCUCCGCCCAAGCUCCAGAUCGGCAAGCGCGGGGGGCAAGUGAAGGCCCGCCGGGACUUGGUGGGUGGUUCUAUGCGAUUUGCCUCGUCUACAAUUGGCCCAUUGGAGUCGACAAGAUGCCCCAUUGCCCCAUGAGCUCGGUGUCUAAGAUCUCCAAGGUCUCCAUGGUGACAUCUGACCACUCUGGACUUCUGGUCACUGGCCACGGUGUGGCGCUGGCCAACUGCGUGGUGGAGCAGGAUUGUGCUUAUUGGGAAAUCCGCGUGCUGGAGCCGGGCACUUCCUCGCGCGCCUUCUGUGGCGUGGCUCUGGAGUUGAACGGCCAACGUCCGGGUCCCGACGACGGUGGAGGGAGGGAGAGCGAGGUGGUUGGUGAUAGGUGGGAGGGUGAUGGACCGGUGAUGGACCGUCUUGCAGCGGCUUGGGACGAGGGUGGCAGUGACAGCGUGACAGUGAAGGAUGACAUCAUCGGGGUGGCCUUCGGGCAGGGCGCCAUCCCCAACCUCAGGUUCUUCCGGAACGGCAAGGAGAUUCCCGGCACCGAGGUCUUACGGAUUCGCGGGGAGGUGGAGCUGCGCGGCGGCCUGGCGCAGGACGUGCCGCGCGCCGCGCCCCAAACGCCCCCAGAGCUGGGGCAGAUCAUGGUCACCUCGGCACCCAGGACCCCACCCGACGGUUCCAAUGACGGCGUUGCGGCACAGCUGCCGCUCGCCGCGCCCCAAACGCCCGCAGAGCUGGGGCAGAUCAUGGUCACCUCGGCACCCAGGACCCCAACCGUCGCACCGGACAGCGCGGAGAGCGUGGCCGCGGGGAGCGUGGCACCGCCGCAACCAGUGAUGCCUCCGCAGGUCGUGGUGCCAUUGUCCCCGGUGGUGGAGCAGUUUCUGCAGGAGCAUCCCUUGACUUGGGCCUUUCUCUCUCAGCAUCCCUCGAUGCUGCAGAAUCUCACGGAACAGAAUGUGCGCUACCUCACACGGCAGGUGCGCCAGGCAUUGGAUUCGGAGGAAGCACCGACGCCUUGCUGGUUGGUGAAGAUCUCUGAGGUCUCCAAGGAUCUCCAGUCUGGCGACUUGCUGGAGCUCCUCAAAGGCGGAGACCUGGUUCUGCCAACCCAAGUGGAGUUCCCCCGGCAGCGCCCCGAAGAAGCCUCCGCAGGCCGCUCGGGUUUUCUUCAGUUUCCGUCCAAAGACUCCGCAGCGAAAGCCAUGGAGAAACUGAACCAGCAACUUGUGAAGGGCCAGAGACUCACCGCAGAGCUGGUCCAGGGCCCCUUGAAGCGCGUGCAGUGGAUGCCAAGUGGGGAAUUGACCCAGGUGACGCUCUUCUCCGCGGAAGAGAGCGUGGACCUCUUCCGCCGCCGCCGCGAACUGCAGAACUUCCGCCGGCUCCGGCGCACCGCCGCGCCGGCGGCGGCCUCCGCGUCCGCCGCGUCGUCGGCGGCGCAGGACAUGGAGCGGCGGGAGAGCGAGGCGGUCUGA